UUGCAUUUGUUGAGUAAUGUUUAUAUUUUAAAUUAUAUUUCUCACAUUUAAUAUUAGUUAAACGUAAUAUUUAUCUUUAUUUUAAACAUGGAUGGUAUGCCAAGAAGCACUUCCCCAAGUGCAAAUGCCGUGCGCUACAAACAAAACACAGCAGCAUCAAAUGAACAGGAUAUAGGCAACCUGUCAAACCAGGAAAGAACUGUCAUCCGCGGGGCGGAUGAUGAGGAUGAAACGAUGACAGAUGAACAAGAUAUUUACGAACUGCCAUGUCCAAGAGUUAACUGCCCAGAAAAAAUAAUUUUUUGUAUGGACCUUAGUGCAGAAAUGAAUAACAUGACCUUCAGAUCCAGAGCAGGAGACAAGUGCUGUGCACUGAACUUGGUGAAAAGAGCAAUGACCAUAUUUAUGCAGAGUAAAUUGAGACUGGAUCACAACCACGAGUUUGCACUGGUCAUUCUGCAGGAUGGUGCUAUCUGGACACAUGACUUCACCAGACACCCAAAGGAGAUUAUUAACUCACUGGAUGACCAGAAUGGGUGCACAGAAUCUGAAGCAUUUGAUUUAUCGGCCAUAUUUCAAACUGUAAAAGACCACGUUGUUCUUCCAGUUGUGACUGGAGACCAGAGCAUUUUACCCCCGCCAUACAUUGUUCGUGUCAUUCUCAUAUAUGGACGGUCAUUUUGCUGUCCAUACUUUACGGAGAGAGAGAGUGAAAAACUGCUCGAGUCUUCUCCCUAUUUCUUUAUCGAUGCACUAUAUGUGCAUGAACCAGUUUCCGGGGAAAAUCGAUGCGAGGAAAUUUUCAACACCCUGUGUGAUCUUGAUGUCAAAGACCUGUCGUAUAUUUUCGACACAUCCCGAAACCAAACCAAGAUUUAUGACUACAUGGCUCAGUUGCUUGCACAUCCUUUACAAAGGCCGCAACAAAAAGAUGCUUUUUACAAAAUUGAAGUUUCCCUUCAAGAGGAACCAAGAUAACAUGAGACAGUCAAUGUAGUCUUAGAUGAAACGCAGUACAUUUUUACAAAACGCCAAUCGGAAAAUGGGUCGACUGAGGGGGUUCGAUUCUAAGACAAGAGCUCCUUAGGUGAGAGCUCUACUACCUGAGCUAGAUCCUGCCCCCUUUGUACUGGCCACAUUCAUGUAAAGUUUGCCAUUACAUUGUGGAAUUUUAUUGAUUUUAAAUAGUUGACUUAAAAACAAAAACAUCCAAAUUACUUUAUGCUGAUUAAACAAAUCAAAUAUGA